CUCCUCCCAAUAAUCUCACGCGCUCUCCUCUCGCAUCGACCCUGUCCCUCUCUCAUCAUCAUCAUUCAUCAAUCGUCGCCUGAUCGCCUCCAGCGAAAUUCUUCCUCCAUUUCUCUCUCCAUCGAAUCUCAUCCCAGCAGCAGCAGCAGCAGCAGCAGCCGCCAUGGAUUCCAAGGCGGACGCGGAGUCAGCCACGGCCAGGGCCGCCACGGCGGCGGCGGCGGCGGAGCACGCGGCGUACCCGCGGCUGUCCCCGGAGGACGUCGCGCCGCCGCCGCCGCCCGUCGUGUCGCCGCCCGUCUCCGCCAACCCCUACGUGGUCUCCGCCCCCUCCGCUCAGCCGCCCGCCAAGAGCGCCAGGGAGAAUCUCCGGGAGAAGCUCGACGUGGUCGGGAGGAGGUUCGGGGACGCCGCGCGCAAGACCGAGGGCAUCGUCGGCGACAUCUGGCAGCAUCUGAAAACUGGGCCAAGCAUUGCUGAUACGGCGAUGGGGAGGAUUGCUCAGAUAUCCAAGGUGAUAGCUGAAGGUGGAUAUGACAAGGUGUUCCACCAGACGUUCGAGUGCCUGCCUGAUGAGAAGCUCAAGAAGGCGUACGCAUGCUACCUUUCGACCUCUCAUGGCCCGAUCAUGGGCGUCUUGUACAUCUCCACUGCCAAGAUUGCAUUUUGCAGUGACAGUCCUGUGGCGUAUGUCACCGAGGAUAAUAAGAACCAAUCUUCCAUCUACAAGGUAGUUGUACCCGUUGCUCAGCUAAGAUCAGUCACUCCUACGGCAAGCCAGCAGAACCCAGCAGAGAGGUACAUCCAGGUGGUUUCUGUCGACAACCAUGACUUCUGGUUCAUGGGCUUCGUCAACUACGACGGUGCCGUGAAGAGCCUCCAGGAGGCCGUUCGUGGCGGCAAGGCUUCACUUCACCAUCACAUGUAUUUUUUGUGAACAUCGCCGUUACAUGUAUUGAUCUGUCCGUCGUUCGUCAUGCAUCACUGGGAAUUCGCAUGUGUCGGUGUGUUAAAUUGUCUGUACAGAUCGCUCCCCUUGCUGUGUAUAUUGGCUGAAAUUUGUGUUGCAUAUGCAUUCAUGUAUUGUAUGUAGUGUGUGGACUAGAUGUGUACAAAUACUGGAUUGAUUGUUGGCUUGAUGCUCCAUUAAAGCCUUUCUGUUCGUUGUUCCCA